AUGCCCGAGCAAUGCAGAUAUUAUGUACUUGGCGCUUUCAUCCUCGGCGUAGCAUUGACCGCGGCCUACAACAAGCAAGCUUCGCAUCAAGUCUCAGAAGAUGCAAGCUCGAACCGCCUCCUCAAGCAACAGCAAAAGCUGAUAUCCAAGUUUGCCAGGAUUGAUGAUCUGGACACUUUAAAGAAGAGUUUGCUAGAACUUGAAAGUUCGUUCGGAACAGGGACAGACACGAUCAAGGAGGGCGUGGAAGGAUGCAUAGGCGACACGCCCCUCAUCAAAAUCAAGUCACUUUCAGACUAUACAGGAUGCGAGAUACUUGCGAAAGCGGAGUUUCUCAAUGGAGCAGGCAACAGCCCCAAAGACCGAGUGGCCCUUAACAUCAUCGAUGUGGCUGAAGGAAAAGGGCUUCUCGUCCCACACUCCGGUGACACCAUAUACGAAGGCACAGUCGGAAGCACAGGUAUAUCAUUAGCCGCAAUAUGCAGAGCGAGAGGAUACAAAGCGCACAUAUGCAUGCCAAACGACAUGGCAAUCGAAAAGUCUGAUCUCCUAUUGAAGCUCGGUGCAGAAGUAGAAAGAGUGCGACCUGCGCCGAUCGUGGACCAGAACCAGUUUGUUAACCUUGCCCGUACAAGAGCUGCAGAGCACACCUCAAACCCGGAUAAGCCUGGACGAGGGCUUUUCGCAGAUCAGUUCGAAACUGAGGCGAAUUGGCGUGCGCACUUCACCGGCACCGGACCUGAGAUCUACGAGCAAACUGGCGGCUUUCUGGAUGCUUUCGUGAGCGGCGCCGGUACUGGCGGAACCAUCUCGGGCGUUGCUCUAUACUUAAAGUCGAAACUACCUGAUUUGAAGGUUGUUCUCGCUGAUCCUCCAGGCAGCGGCUUGUUCAACCGUGUAAAGUACGGAGUCAUGUUUGAUCCAAAAGAAAGAGAGGGAACACGCCGCCGGCAUCAGGUCGACACGAUUAUUGAAGGUAUCGGCAUCAAUCGCGUAACUCACAAUUUCGAUAUCGGCCGAGAGCUGAUCGAUGAUGCUAUUAGGGUGAACGACGAUCAAGCGGUCGGUAUGGCGCGCUGGUUGGUCGAACAUGACGGAAUCUUCGUUGGUAGCUCCAGUGCUGUGAAUUGCGUGGCUGCUAUGAGGCUCGCGAAGAUGCUUGGCCCUGGGCAUCGUAUUGUCACCAUUCUAUGCGACAGCGGUGCGAGACAUCUGAGCAAAUUUUGGAAGACUGAGACCAUCGGCGGCGCUGAAGACGACGUGUCUCUGGAGGGAAUCCUUGACGCUUAA